AUGAGUACACCAAAUUAUAGUCUAAAAGUUGAUAUUAUUAAAGCCAGAAAUCUUGCUAUUAAAGAUAGAAAUGGCUUUUCAGAUCCCUAUAUUGUCAUGCAUAUUGGUGACGAAAAUUAUAAUACCCAUGUUGUUAAUAAAAAUUUGAAUCCUGAAUGGGACGCGACAUUUUGUCAUAAAAUUGAUCCUCAACAUCCACCAUCUGAAAUUCAUUUCACAUGUUGGGAUAAAGAUAUUUUCGGAAAAGAUUAUAUGGGAGAAAUAAUUAUCCCGUUGGAACGAUUUUGUGAAAAAGGCCAUAUUGGUUAUAAUGACGAAUUGAAUACGCCUCAAUGGUAUCCAUUGAUUUCUCAUCGUCAAAAUGAAAAAGUAUCUGGAGAAGUAAAUAUAAAAAUUGGAUUCGUUGAUAAAGAUAAUGAUUUUUUAGAUUCUAGAGAAUGGAUUUCAAUUUGGAAGCAGAUGCAUCAUCUAAGCAUCACAGAACCUUCAGAUACUAUAUCUAUUACAUCAACUAUUGCGUCUGUUGAAACUGAAACAACUGUUACGUCUACUACAACUGAAUCGACUGUUUUAUAUAAUAAUAAUACUGUGACACUUAAACGUAGAAGAUAUAAUACUAGUCCUCAAGCAAGUGAAGUUCUUGGCUUGGCUUUUAUUGAAGUUGUACGCGCAAUUGAUCUUCCUGCUGAAAAGAAUGUGACCGGCUUAGAUAUUGACAUGGAUCCUUUUGUGGUUAUUUCAUUUGCCAAGAACACAUUCCGUACGCGCGUUAUCAAGCAUAGCUUGGAUCCAGUAUGGAAUGAAAAAAUUCACUUUCCAGUGAAAACAAUUGAAACGGACUUUAUAAUUAAAUUCAGUGUUUACGAUUGGGACAAAAUUUCUACUAAUGAUCUUGUAGCUUCCAAAAUUCUUCCAAUCAAAGAGUUGAUGGAUCUUGCACAUAAAAAUACAUCAAAGCUUGAAUUGCAAAACAUUGGAGAUGGGAUGGAGGAAAAAGAAAUUCCUCUCGAAGUUUACGGCAAAUUUGCUAAUAUUUGUAAGUCAAAACUUGUCGUUCGAUUAAAGUUUGUACCCUACGAAGUUUUAAGAAGUCAAUUUUGGUGCGCUUUGGCAAAGAUUUAUGAUUCAGAUGAAAAUGGAGUAUUAAAUUUCGUAGAAAUCGAAACUAUGUUAAGUAGUUUAGGAUCUUCUUUAACAAAUGAAACCAUAUCUGGCUUCUUUACUCGUUUUGGCAAGAAUCCAAAGACAGAUGAAUUAGAAUUUUCGGAACUUACCAGCUGCUUGGAAGAACGGUUGAGUGACUUUUCUCAGCGUAGUGCAGAUAUUAAUGGAGAAGAAUCCGAUAAUGAACAUAUAGUCUAUAUAAAGGAAUGUCCGAUUUGUCACAAACCUGACCUCGCACAUUUAACUGAAACUAAUGUUGUAACUCAUGUGGCUAUCUGUGCAAGCAAUGAUUGGGGUGAAGUUAAUAAAUUUGUUACGGGAGAUUUCGUUACUGAAUCGCAAGCACAAAGGAAAUGGUUGUCUAAAAUUAUUAGCAAAGAAUUUUAUGGUAGUUUUAGGAUCGGAGCUAACAGUGCAAUUAUUCUUGCUCAAGAUCGUAAAACUGGGCAAAUGGUAGAAGAGAAAAUGGCAACUUAUGUCCGUUUAGGUAUUCGUCUUUUAUACAAGGGUAAACACACAGUUGAAUCCAAAACCACAAAAAACCUUUUGAAAAAACUUACCGAGCAGCAGGGCAAGAAAUUUAAUAAACCAACCUCCGUAGGAGAUAUCAAACCUUUUAUUGAAUUCCACGGGCUAGAUACUGGAGAAAUCCUUGAUCCAUUGGAUUCAUUCAAAAAUUUCAAUGAAUUCUUUUAUCGUAAGCUGAAACCAACAGCCAGGUCAUGUGAUUCACCCGAUGAUCCUCAUGUUGUAGUUAGUCCAGCGGAUUGUCGUAUGAUGUGUUUUCCUACAAUAAGUGAAGCUACUGAACUUUGGAUUAAAGGACAAAACUUUACUCUUUCCAAACUUCUUAAUGACGAUGAAAUGAGUAAAGAAUUUGAAGAGGGUAGCUUAGGAAUUUUCAGAUUAGCACCACAGGAUUAUCAUAGAUUUCAUAUCCCAGUAGAAGGUACAUUGAGUGAGCCAAAAGAAGUUUCUGGAGACUAUUACACUGUUAAUCCAAUGGCUAUUCGUUCAGAUCUUGACGUGUAUUGUGUAAAUAAACGUGUUAUAUCUUACAUUGAUUCACCUCAAUUUGGUAAAGUUGCUUAUGUGUCAAUUGGUGCUAUGAUGGUUGGUUCAAUUAUACUCACAAGCGAACCCCAUACCUAUGUAAAACGAUUAGAAGAGCAUGGAUAUUUUGCUUUUGGAGGAAGUACGGUUGUACUUUUAUUCCAAAAAGGAAGAAUGUUUUUUGAUAAAGAUAUUUUGGAAAAUUCAACACAAUGUUUAGAAACUUUGGUUUGUAUUAUUCUUUAG